UGCAAGCUCCAAGCAACAGCGACAACACUCAAACAACACCCACACGAUACCCCUACUUGCCGGUCUACACACACCUACGUCACCAUGGACAACCUCGGCAAGAUCUCUGCGUUUGGAAAGAGCUUUGGCGCUUCUUUCACGCCCUUCGCGGCCAGGACACAGCAGUAUGUCAAGGAGCAGCUUGGCCAGGCUGAGGACAAGACCCAGCUGCCUCCCGACUACAUCGAGCUCGAGAAGCGUGUCGAUGCGCUGAAGAAGGUUCACACGACUAUGCUCCAGGUCACGUCGCAAUACUCCAACGAAGCCUACGACUACCCCGCGAACCUCCGCGAAUCUUUCAACGAUCUCGGCCGCACCGUCUCAGAGAAGGUCAACCUCUUGUCGAGCGCGACAUCCCCUGCGGAGGCUCAGGCCGCCCUUACCGCACCUCCCGCCGCGAAGCCCCAGCCCAAGACCUUCAACCAUGCUGUUGCCCGCGCGGCCCUGAACAGCUCGCACAUGCUCACCGCUGAGCAGUCGGGCUCGAGCGAGGAUCCUCUGGCUACCGCUCUUGAGAAGUAUGCCAUCGCCAGCGAGAAGGUCGGCGAGGCCCGUCUGGCGCAGGACGCACAGAUCCAGAGCAGGUUCCUGGCUGGCUGGAGCACAACUCUCAACACCAACAUCCAGUUCGCAACACGCGCCCGCAAGCAGGUUGAGAACUCCAGGUUGAGCCUGGAUGCCACCAAGGCCAACGCCAAGGGUGGUGCUUUCGCCCUGCCUGGUCAGGCACGCAAGGACGGCCACGCCGAGGAGGACUUGAGCGAGGAGGCUCGUGCUAAGAUCGAGCAGGCCGAGGACGAGUUCGUUGGCCAGACAGAGGAGGCUGUUGGCGUUAUGAAGAAUGUGCUUGACACCCCCGAGCCCCUCCGCAACCUCGCCGACCUCAUCGCCGCCCAGCUCGAGUACCACAAGAAGGCAUACGAGAUUCUGUCUGAGCUGGCGCCAGUAGUCGAGCAGCUUCAGACCGAGCAGGAGGUGCGUAGACAUCAGUCUGAUUUCUAAGCCAUCUAUUCCCUCUUUAUCGCGUUGCUCUGUCUGAUGCUCGUUUUAGCAAAAGUACCGCAACCCCCACUGAUCGGUUCGUUGUAUAGGCCAGCUACCGCAAGACUCGUGACGAGGCUUAGGAGAGCGGUGUUUGAUGUCGUUGGAUACUACAGUGUCUUUCCAUGGAUUCCCGACGAGGUUCUAGUUGGUCUCUUUGGCGGGCGUAUGAAACUUGGGAUGUGGGAUACCUUGGUACUGGCCAGUCACUUUACAUGUGGCCGUUUACGUAUGACGAGUAUGUGCGGAAUUUUGAACGUAUGAGGUGGCUCUCUCAUGUUUUUGA